AUGAUUUUUGGGCCCGCUUGGCAAACAGCUCGGGUGACCCUACCUCGCCUACGCAAGCCCACCACAGACUGCAGAAAACCGGCACCACAGAACAGAUACAGGCCCGCCCGAACAAGAUCAUACCGAAACAAGCUAGAUGCAACACUGAGGCAGGACCGUAGAAACAGACGCCAAGGCGACAGCGGCGCCAAAGGUGCACUGAAACAACGGUGAGCCGCAAAACAAUGGGGCACAGGGCAGGCAGACAAGGCACCCCCAUCCCCCGCACACACCCACAGCAGGCACCUACACACUGUGACAAACCGACUUCACCUACCAGACCCCAGAAUCAGGUCCAGUAUGCGAGUACACGGGGGACAAGCGAGGAGACAAAGCAGCAAGGAGUUCCAACACAAGGCUGGCAUGGACCAACAAAAGUACCCACAAAUAGACACUCUUCUUGGAUUUUGA